AUGGGAUCGCCAGGUAACAGUAUAAAUGACUGUACUUCACCUCUUCCAGAUUUUCAUGUUCAGAUCUUAAUAUGUGCCUCUGAUGCCUGCAAAACAGUGACGCUACAUGUUCCCUCCAAACUGGAUGCUGAGAAAUUUGUUGGUAGAGUGAACCUGAGGGAGUGCUUGAAGUCCGCAAAUCUAAUUCAUUCAAGUGAUGCUGAUUUCCAAGUUUUAGAAGAUGGUUCAGUCUAUACAACAAACGCUGUUCUUUUUUCCUCCGAGAAGAGACAUUUUACCAUCUCACUUUCCAACUCUGAGAACCACGAGGAAAAGAAAAUGCAUGUCCUUUUGGAGCAUCAAACAAAGGCACUAAAGCAAAGUCAUCCCAAAGAAAAAGUUCUCAGACGUGCCAAGAGAAGAUGGGCUCCCAUUCCCUGCUCAAUGAUGGAGAACUCCUUGGGUCCUUUUCCACUUUUCCUUCAGCAGAUCGAAUCUGAUGCAGCACAAAACUACACUGUAUACUAUUCUAUAAGCGGGCCUGGAGUUGACCAAGCACCUCUGAAUUUAUUUUAUGUCGAGAGGAACACCGGAAACCUGUUCUGUACUGGUCCCGUAGAUCGUGAGCAGUAUCCCUCUUUUGAGAUAGUGGCUUUCGCAGCAACUCCAGAUGGCUAUCACCCAGAAUUCCCACUUCCCCUGCUCAUCAGGAUUGAGGAUGAAAAUGAUAACUACCCAAUUUUUACAAAUUCAACUUACAUAUUUACAAUUGCGGAACAUUCCAGAGUUGGCUCCACCGUGGGACAGGUGUGUGCGACUGACAAGGAUGAGCCUGGCACGCUGCACACGCAGCUCAAGUACUCCAUCCUGCAGCAGCUGCCAGCGUCCCCCACCCUGUUCUUCAUGAAUCCGACCACAGGUGUGAUUACCACCACGACGUCCCAGCUAGACAGAGAGCUACUUGAUAAAUACCAGCUGAAAAUAAAAGUGCAGGACAUGAAUGGCCAACAUUUUGGCUUGCAGACGACCGCGACCUGCAUCAUUUGCAUUGAAGACGUGAAUGACCACUUGCCGACCUUCACGCGCUCUUCUUAUGUGGCAUCGGUGGAAGAAAAUACAGUGGAUGUGGAAAUCUUACGUGUCAGCGUUGAGGAUAAGGAUUUAAUUAAUACCGCUAAUUGGAGAGCUAAUUAUUCCAUUUUAAAGGGCAAUGAAAAUGGACAUUUUAAAAUUGUAACAGAUCCCAAAACCAAUGAAGGGGUGCUGUGUGUGGUUAAGCCGCUCAAUUAUGAAGAAAGACAGCAGCUGACCCUGCAAAUCGGCGUGGUUAACGAAGCCCCGUAUUAUAGAGAAACUACUUCAAGAUCAGCCAUGAGCACGGCCACCAUCACUGUUAACGUGAAAAACCAGGACGAGGGCCCCGAGUGUAGCCCUCCGGUGCAGACGGUGCGGAUUAAAGAGAAUGCGCCCGUGAAUACGAAGAGCCCGGGAUACAAAGCGUACAACCCAGACACACAGAGUAGCAGCGACAUCAGGUAUAAGAAAAUUAAUGAUCCGAAAGGGUGGAUCACGGUUGAUGAAAACACGGGAUCAAUUACAACUUUUAGAAACUUGGAUAGAGAGGCCGAGGCCAUCAGAAAUGGUGUCUAUAACGUUACCAUCCUUGCAACAGACAAAGUUGGAAGAACAUGUACUGGGACACUGGGCAUCAUCCUUGAAGAUGUGAAUGAUAAUGGCCCAGUGAUACUCAAAAAGACGGCGAUCAUCUGCAAACCCACCAUGUCCUCCACGGCGAUCGUGGCUUUUGAUCCGGAUGACCCUGUGAAUGGCCCACCCUUCCACUUCAGUUUGGAGGAGGAUUCUGAUGCAGACGCACAGAGAGUGUGGGCGCUGACAAAGAUCAAUGAUACAGCAGCACGUCUUUCCAAUCAAAAUGACCUUCCGUUUGGCUCAUAUACAGUCCGUGUCAGAGUUACAGAUAGACAUGGCCUGUCACACACCACUCCCUUAAAUGUCAUCAUGUGUGACUGCAUUACCGAAAACGACUGCACGUUCCGUGGGGUUCCCAGGACCGGCACCGGGGAGUUCAGACUUGGAAAGUGGGCCAUCCUCGCCAUCCUGUUGGGCAUAGCCUUGCUAUUUUGCAUCCUCUUCACCUUGGUCUGCGGGACGACUGGGGCGGCCAAAACGCCCAAAGCCUUUCCUGAUGAUGUGACCCAGCAGAACCUCAUUGUGUCCAACACUGAGGCUCCUGGCGAUGACAAAGUGUAUUCCGCCAACGGCUUCACCACCCACACGGUGGGCAGCGCGGGCGCCGGGGCCUGUGGCACCGUGGGAUCUGGGGUGAUCCACGGGCAGGAGACCAUCGAAUUGGUGAAAGGACACCAGACCUUGGACUCAUGCCGGGGAGGCGGGCAGCACGUGCGGGAGCCCUGCGGGGCAGGACCCGUGGAGGUGGACCCCGGCAGAUACACCUACUCCGAGUGGCGCAGCUUCACCCAGCCCCGCCUCGGCGAGAAAGUGCAGCUGUGCGAUCAGGAUGACAGUCACGAACACGCCCAGGACUACGUCCUCACCUACAGCUACGAGGGCCAGGGCUCCGCAGCCGGCUCUGUGGGCUGCUGCAGCGAACGGCAGGAAGACGAUCGCCUGGACUUUUUGGAUCAUUUGGAGCCCAAGUUUAGGACGCUGGCAGAAGCAUGCGUGAAGAGAUGAGUGCAUCCCGAUAAGUCUACCAAAGCCAGUGGCUUUAGCGCCUUUUCUUUCUUUUCAUUUUUUAUUUUUAUUAAAUUAAAGACCAGGGUUGGGUUUUUUGUUCUUGUUUUCAAUAGAAGACACUAUGCUUGAGUGGGGGCUACCCUUUUGUUCUGAUGGAAUGUCUGUCGAGAAAUGCACAGUGAGGGAGAAAUGCUGUGAGUGAGUGCACACAUUUCUCAGGGCUUCACAUAGUUUUCAGUUACUUGUCUUCCACCCCAAGAGACCCACAGAAAUAGGAAGAUUAAGGUAGUCUGCGUUAUUGUUUACAUUUUGGUAUAAUGACAACAACCACUUUACAGUGCAAUAAAAAUGAUUAAUGUAAGUCUUGAUCGUAGGCUACUUAAAGUAUUGCCUAAUAGAAACGUUGUGGAGACCUUGCUUUAACGUCAUCUCCUGUUACCUACUUAAUUGUUUGUGUGGUGCUCGAAGACUGUUGUACUCCUAACCACUCUAAAGUGUAUAUAUAUACUGUUUACUGCAUUAUUGAUGUUUUUUAUUCUUACAACAAGACCUUUCUUCAAAAUGCAAAGGGAGAUUCCCAACCAGGCGUUGACUGUUAUAACUGUUCCAUUUUGGUCGAGUUGAGUUUCUAGGUUGUAUUCUGUAGGAAAUCUUGCACUGAGUCUAUGUUGCCUCUGUUUCCCACCUUGUCAGCAAAAGUUAGGUUUAAAAAGUGCUUUAAGAAUGUAUUUUUAGCCCUACCUGGUUUGGCUCAGUGGAUAGAGCGUCGGCCUGCGGACUGAAAGGUCCCAGGUUCGAUUCCGGUC